CAUCAAUUUCCUGAACGAAAAAAGAAACACUAUCAGUCAACGAAGGCCCAAAAUCCAGGUACCCUUGGUGUUCCUAUGUGGAAGGUCUCCGUUCUAAAGAUGCAUCCGGAUUGGACAUUGUUGAAGAAAUUGCGUGGCGUCAUUCUAGUCUCUCCCACUCCUCAAUACCCACGCGCUUAAUCAUUCAACUAGUGCGUGCUAUGCACGUUCAUCCAACGAAUACAAUCUGAAAACUCUCACAUCAUCAUUUCAAAAGUCUUCCUCUCCCCCUCUGAGAAAGUAACAGCAAAUCUCAAAAUCUAAAGUCUCAUCUCAGAUUCCGUUAGUAUGGAGUUGUGUAAAGUUGUUGUGCUGUUGUUAGUGGCGGCUGUGAUGACGGUGGUCCCUACUAUAGAAGCGAUAUGGAUGCAAUUGCCGACUUCGGGGACCAAGUGUUUGUCUGAGGAUAUUCAUUCUAACGUCGUCGUUUUGGCUGAUUACAGUGUAGUCGGUGACGAAGAACAUUCGCAAGCUAAUGUUGUCCCCACCAUCUCCCUCAAGGUCACUUCACCAUUUGGAAACAAUCUUUACCAUAAAGAGAAUGUAACUCAUGGUCAAUUUGCCUUCACAACUACUGAGGCUGGUAACUACUUGGCAUGCUUUUGGAUGGACAACCAUGCCCCUGGGGCUAAAGCUGUUACAAUCGGUCUUGACUGGAAGACGGGAAUUAAUGCAAAGGAUUGGGAAUCAGUUGCAAGGAAGGAAAAGAUAGAAGGUGUCGAACUUGAAUUGGUGAAACUUGAAGGGAUAGUGCAAGCCAUUCAUGAAAAUUUAGAGUACCUGAAGAAUAGGGAAGCAGAAAUGAGGGAAGUUAGUGAGAAAACCAAUGCUAGAGUGGCAUGGUUAAGUGUAAUGUCCCUGGGUAUAUGCUUAGUAGCUGCAGUGCUGCAAAUAUUCUAUCUGAAGUACUUCUUUCGCAAGAAAAAGCUCAUUUAGAUUUGACAAAUUCUUCCCUCUCACCAUACUUCAGUAGCUUACAGAUUAGAUCAACCACAAAGUUUUUCCUUCCGUCAUACCAUCUUGAUCAUUUCUUCUUUCACUUGUAGUCAUUUUAUUGUUUCUGCAAUGGACUAGACUCUGUAAUCUACAGUGAACGAAAAGGUUGGAUAUCUAUCUUCUGUAAGAGAAACUAGGUCUAGUAGUGCCCUAUGUUUACGGGACAAGUGCAAUCUAAAUGUACCAUCAUUCUUCUA